AUGGACACUAGUCUGCAGCGCGAAAUUGAACAAUUGCAGGAGAAGUGUCGGCGUCUAGACUUCGAGAAUCGGAGGCUACGGCGGACUCUCCGGUGUGUGGAUUGUAACUCGCGGAUCGCCGGUGCAGCUGAAAGAACUCAGGCUGCUGCCACGAAGAAAAUAACUCGACCACGGGUCGCAUCGAGUAUUCCGCUUCUUGCAGACUCGCUCCCGACUACGCCUUGGAGCGGGGACCUUGGGCAAUCCAUCGCCCAGCAAGACGAGGAUGAGUUUAGGUUCGCAGACUGCCUGUCACCCAUCGAGACCACACUGGCUUCUCCAAUAAAUACCAUCUUCGACCAGGUGCUUUGGCCAGGCGCAGAUUCCUCUUACACGACAGGGUUAUUAGAUCAUGGGUCGGAAGCACCGUCCACGGUCAUUGAUAAUGCACACAAAGACACAUCUCAAUCGCUGGAGGCGUUAUUCCGAGAGUCCCCACUGAUAUGGGGCUCGGGCUCUCUCGUGGGUGAUAAGCUGUCGUCCGAUCUUUUGGACUCAGCUGGCGAGUUGGGUACCCAAGACUUUCGUCUACCGUGGUCCUUGGGUCUUCCAGAGCCGAUGCUCUCUGCCCUGGGGCUCAGCUUCGGAUUCAACAUGGGCCAAGCGCAGCAAAGAAUGGACCAGUAUAUCAAGGCGCUUGGGACUUCCAUUAGGACUGCCUUUGGGUCACAAAGCACACCAUCACGAGCAUUGGAGUCGCUCGUCUCCUACGGAGUCAUGUGGAUUGUGAGAGAGGCAUGGCCGGCAGCCGAAGGUUUCUGGAAGAUCACAGACUCGCUCAACGGCUUCGUUCAGUCGGAGUUCUGGAGACUGUUUCCGUGCCAGUCCUCAUAUGAAAAGCUUCAUCCCGCAUAUCGUCCGACUCUGUUACAACUGACCGUCCCUCAUUCUCCAUUGAUUGACUGGCUUCCCUGGCCCGACCUUCGAGACCGCAUCAUCGAGCUCCAAGACCAGCUCGACGUGGAGGCUGUCUGCAGAAGUGCAAUCGAGAGCGUGGUGGCUCAUCGCCAUGUACAUUUGAAUAAUGAAGCAGAAGCGACAAUGCCAACGUUCCGUGUCUGGGAUCUUUAUCUAUUGGAGAAACAGAGUGGCGUUGGUCUCACGAAUAACCAGCUCACUUACAAGCCUCGCGCCGCGAGCGUCCUUGCCAUGGAGAAAGCGUAUCAUCUGGUAUACGAUGACUUUUUGACCCAGAGGUUACAUCCCGCGUUCUUCGAAAAAUACCCUUUAAUCACCUGCGAACGGAUAAAGACGAAAUUUCAUGUCCAAGCUAUCUCGAUUGCGAAUGGCGAUGAGGUCGGAGAUCCAAAGCCAUUCACCGAAAUGGCCAUGAUCCGGCUCAAACAGCUGGUUACCAAACGUGUGCAUAUACCGGGUACGUAG